GGGAGCUUCGCCUCUAUACUGUUCUCUGAUAAGACGCUCCCCUCGGUCUUUUAACGGGGAGGGGUACAUACAUCUGCCUCCAAGUUCGGUAUCAUCCCGCCUUGUCCUACUCGUCCAUGUGGCGUCUUCGUACCGUCUCAUCACCUCCAACUUCGAGGGCUUCCCGCUAGCUAUUGUCACGAUGCCGAUAGCAUUAGAAGCCCUGCCUCUGUACGCCCUGAAGGCGUCUCUAUACUUAAUCUCAUUUUCCGUAAUAUUUGUCGUCGUCUACCUGGCCCAGAAUGAAGUCACCCGCUACCGCAGCAGGAUAAAGAACCUCCCCGGGCCGCGUGGUUGGCCCGUCGUGGGGAAUCUCUUCCAGAACCGCGACGCGAUCCCGGCCGUGACUUACCAGCAGUGGUCGCGCAAGUACGGGCCGGUGUUCCAGGUCCAGCUGGGCAACACGACGGCGGUGGUCAUCAACUCGGCGCGGGCGGCGAAGCAGCUGUUCCUGGGGCAGAGCCACGCGAUGAACUCGCGGCCGGUCUUCUACGUCUUCCACGGCAAGGUGAGCAAGGCGGUGACGAGCAUCGGCACGAGCCCGUGGGACGAGAGCUGCAAGCGGCGGCGCAAGCUGGCGGCGGGGGCGCUCAACCGCGCGCGCGUCGACACGUACGGGCCGCUGCUCAACCUCGAGGCCCGCGAGUUCCUGCGCGACCUGCUCGGCGCGUGCCGCGACGGCGCCGCCGCCGCGAUCGACUUCCGCCCCGCCGUCAAGCGCUUCUCGCUCAACCUCAGCCUGACCCUCAACUACGGCACGCGCGUGUCUAGCGUCAAGUCCCUCACCGACGACCCCCUCCUGUCCGAGAUCAUCUACGUGGAGGGCGAGAUCUCCAAGCUCCGCGACACCGGCGCCAACUACGCCAACUACAUCCCCCUCCUGCGUUACUGGGAGCCCGUCGCCGAGCGCCUCGGCUUCGGCGCCACCCCCCGCGGCCACGCCGCUGACAUCGGCCGCCGCCGCCUCGAGUAUAAUAACACCCUGCUCGAGAAGCUGCGCGACGAGGUCCGCCGCGGCGAGGACAAGCCCUGCAUCCAGGGCGCCGUCCUGCGCGACCCGGAAUCCGCCAAGUUGACCAAGGAGGAGCUUAUCAGCGUCAGCCUGAGCAUGAUGGCGGGCGCCGAUUCGAACCAGCCGACCCUCUCCUGGGCAUGCCUGCUCCUCGCGCACCGGCCCGACAUCCAGGCGAAGGCCUACGCCGCGAUCCGCGACGCGGGAGUCCUGCAGCUCCCGUCCGACGCGUACGCCUCGACGAAGGUCGAGUACGUCGAGGCGCUGACCAAGGAGAUCUCGCGCUACUACGUGGUCCUGAAGCUCGCGCUGCCGAAGGCGACGUACGCGGACGUGGCGUGGGAGGGCGCCACGAUCCCGGCGAACACAGUGGUGUUCCUGAACGCCUGGGCGUGCAACCGAGGUGAGCCUUUCCCUUCUUGCCAUCGCGCCCCCCCCCUCUAAAGCCCACACGUACUCAAAAGACCCCGGCCCGCAGAUCCGGAGCUCUUCGCGGACCCGGACACGUUCGUGCCCGAGCGCUGGCUGGCGGGCUCGGCGAACCCGCACGCGCACCAGUACGCGUUCGGCAUCGGCGGCCGCAUGUGCGUGGCGUCGCACCUCGCGCACAACGCGCUGUACACCGUCUUCCUGCACCUGAUCGCGCACUUCCGCAUCCUGCCCGCCGGCGGCGAGUCCGCCGACGCGACCGACC